AGAUUGAAAUUUUAUUGGCAAUCAAUGAGGCAUAUCAUGUUGGGCUGAUUUGCCGGGCUGCAUUCUUGGUCAAUUUGCAGCUUAUGAACACUUGUGGUGUUCGUGCAUUUGUUUGGUUUAAAAGUGGAAAUUUGGUAAAGUUUCAAAAUUUGAGGCCCUUAAAGAAAGCUAUAAUAAUAAUGUUGACGAUUAAGUUUUUAAACGUUAAAAGUGAUUGACAUGAUCAUUAGGAUAGAGCUCCAACCGAGACAUGCAUUCUGAAGCACGAAAACAGAAAAUUAGUUUUGAUGAGUUGGUUCUUAGGAUUGUGUCAAUGAAUAUUGAUACCACAACAAUUAAGUCAUGGAUACGAAGAUCUGGGCUUAUGCAUCACUAUUAACACUGUGUAAACUAAGGAGACUUAGGUUGGGAUUACUCUCAAACUUGAAAUAGAAGUGAGUUUAAAAUAAAGAGCUUUAGGGAAUACGUAGAACACAAGAAAAGCUGCCACUUUUUAUUGUCACCGUUGAAGUGGAAUGUCUGUCGGAUCACAGUCCCCCAACUUGCACUAUGCUCCGUCUUCCUCUGUUUCUUCAUCUUCUCCUUCUCCUCUUCUUCAACCUUUCCGCCGCCUCUCCCCUCUACCAAACCUUUCUUCGUUGUCUACAAAACCACUCUGAUCCAAACCAAUUAACAUCCAACAUCGUCUUCGACCCAACCAACAUCUCAUAUUCCUCUCUUCUUCGAGCCUACAUCCGAAAUGCCCGAUUCAACACCUCCUCCACCCCGAAACCCACAUUCAUUAUCACCCCAUUACACGAAUCCCAUCUCCAAUUCACUCUCAUUUGCGCCAAAUCCUCCGCUCUUCACAUUAGAAUCAGAAGCGGCGGCCAUGAUUUCGAGGGCCUCUCCUAUGCCUCUGUUUCCCCUUCUCCCUUCAUUCUCAUCGACAUGUUCAAUCUCCGAUCCAUUGCAGUGGAUUUGCAGAGCCGAUCUGCUUGGGUUCAAGCUGGUGCUACUUUGGGGGAGCUUUAUUACAGAAUUUGGGAACAAAGUAAGCUCCAUGGCUUUCCGGCGGGUGUUUGUCCAACUGUUGGUGUUGGAGGGCAUAUCAGUGGAGGGGGAUAUGGUAAUAUGUUGCGGAAAUUUGGGCUUUCGGUGGAUCAUGUUGUCGAUGCGCGGAUUGUUGAUGCGAAUGGAAGAAUCGUCGACAGAAAAAUGAUGGGGGAGGAUCUUUUUUGGGCGAUUAGAGGCGGAGGUGGAGCUAGUUUUGGGGUUAUUCUAGCGUAUAAAAUUCAAUUGGUUCCAGUGCCGGAAACAGUGACAGUUUUUCGGCUCCAAAGAACAUUGGAAGAUAAUGGUACCGAUAUGGUUUAUCGGUGGCAACAUAUUGCGCCCAACACCGACAGCGAUCUUUUUAUGAGACUUUUGUUGCAACCGAUUUAUUCAAAACCAAAGAAGACAGUCAGAGCUUCUGUUUAUACUCUGUUUCUUGGACGGGCCGAUCGGCUUCUCUCGAUACUGAAAAGGGAUUUUCCUGAAUUGGGUUUGAAGAAAGAAGAUUGUAUUGAAAUGGGUUGGAUUGAAUCUGUGAUUUGGUGGGCUAAUUAUGAACAUGGAACAUCCCUCCGUGUACUGCUCGGCAGAAGUCCUGGCUUAGCUCACUUUCAGAAGAGAAAAUCUGAUUAUGUCCAGACUCCCAUCUCCAAAGAUGGACUGGAAUUGCUGUGGAAGAAGCUGAUGGAAUUGGAUAAAACUGAGUUGGUUUUCAAUCCAUAUGGCGGGAAAAUGAAUGAGAUCUCAGCUUUAGACACAGCUUUUCCUCGCAGAGCUGGAAACUUGUUCAAAAUCCAAUAUUCAGUAAGCUGGAAAGAGCAAGGGAUUGAAGCAGAGAAGAGCCAUGUGAAUCAGCUACAAUUGCUUUACAAUUUCUUGACCCCAUACGUUUCCAAGAACCCAAGAACAGCUUACUUCAACUAUAGAGAUUUAGACAUUGGUACAAAUCAUAACUAUGAUGCUGCAAACAGUUUCGAGGAAGGGAAAGUUUAUGGGAUCAAAUACUUCAAGGAAAAUUUUGAAAGGUUGGUGAGGGUAAAGACUGCAGUGGAUCCACAAAACUUCUUUAGAGAUGAACAGAGCAUCCCCGCUUUUCCAAAGCUCCAAUCGUCUGGUUUGAGUUGGAGUGGAGGUUGGAGGCUGACCAUGGUGGCCAUCUUCAUGUUCACAGCACAGCUUUUGUAAAUCCACUUCACAGAGGGGAAGCAUUUGUUUGAGGCCAUGGAAUGUAUGAAGCCUCAAACUCUUCAAAAACCGUACUCUUGAUUUUUGUUGGAAGAAGAUGAAGACGAAGAUUGGCCCUACUGUGUUAUAAGACAAAGAAAAGCAUUUACAAUCGUCAAAUACAAGAUCCAAUAUUGAAGAAGCUAUUGUUCCUCUAGGAGGCUGAGCUAACCCAUGAUUAGCCUUGAGCAAUUUGCCCAUAUCUUAUCGGUGAAUAAGAUUCCACAACAAAGAAGAACUAGUGGGAAAAGAAUAAUACCAUCCAGCAGCACCACCCACCAUGAUUUGAAGUCAAAAAAUUUCUUCUCAAGCUUUCGUAAUUUAAACUUCAAAGUGAGAUGAAUAUUUUUUUGUAACCAUCCACUUACUGCCUUGCAAUUAUAUUACUAACAAGUGGCAGUUGUUUAAAAAUACCUCAUUUACCACUUAUUCUGAUUUGGAGUAACCGAAAGAUUUAUCUUCCCAAA